GAGCGCCGUUUCAAAUCAUAGCAUGUCCGCUUAUCUGUCCGCUUCUGAGCUGGUUCAGAUAUGGACUUUAUGAGGUCUAUAUAGCAGGUGUACAUCGCUUAACUGUGCUUACUAGCCUGUAGAUGCAGCGUCUCCGCAGGGAAGCUUUUGAUCAGUGAAGCUCUCAGUGGCGAAUUACACCCCACCAAAGCAAGCAUGGCCUCUGAUAUCAACCAUCAGGAUGGCCCAGACUUUUCUAGAAGAGAUGAGAGCCCUGCUGAAGAUGAGCCCAUCCAUUCACCCGGUUCCCCACGACAGACAGAAUAUGAACGAAUCGGAGGAAGAACAGGAUCCUCGUUUUUUCAGACCUUAAUUCAUUUACUUAAAGGAAAUAUUGGUACGGGACUCCUCGGCUUGCCUCUGGCUGUCAAGAAUGCAGGACUCGUGGUGGGGCCUUUAAGUCUUCUGGCUAUGGGUAUCGUGGCUGUUCAUUGCAUGAACCUCCUCGUGAAAUGUGCACAUCAUUUAAGUGCAAAGAUGGGCAAGCCCUUUCUUUCCUAUGGAGACGCAGUGGAGUAUGGCAUGGAGAAUGUGUCGUGGCUGAGCAGACACUCUUUGUGGGGAAGGCGUGUGGUGAAUAUGUUCCUCAACAUAACGCAGCUGGGCUUCUGCUGCGUUUACUUUGUGUUCCUCAGCGACAAUGUCAAACAGGUGGUUGAGACGGCAAACGGGACGACCAUGAACUGUCACAACAACGAAACCGCAGUGAUUGUCCCCAGCUACGACUCUCGCCUCUACAUGCUCUUCUUCCUGCCCUUUAUGAUCGUGUUGGUGUUUAUCCGCAACCUCAAGUACUUGGCUCCUCUGUCGUUUGUAGCAAACAUUUCCAUGUGUAUCAGCCUGAUCCUCAUUUACUACCACUGUCUGACGUUAACUGUUCAUGAGAUGGAUUGCCUGAGGGAAGAAAUUGUUCUUAUGCCUGGCCGUUCUGGUGCUCAGUUCUCUGUAGCGCCAACCAGAUGGCAACAUUUCAAAGAGGAAGUGUGCUGGAUGUUAUAUCAGGCCGUGAAGCUGCUUUACUCUUUUGGGAUCUACAUCACGUAUGCGCUGCAGUUCUACGUGUCAGCAGAGAUCCUGAUCCCACCAGCGGUGGCGUGCUGCGGUCCCAGAUGGGCAUUGAUGGUGGACCUCAGCAUCCGCGUGGCUCUCGUAGGCCUCACAUGUGCUCUGGCCAUAUUGAUCCCGGAGCUUGACCUGGUCAUCUCUCUGGUGGGCUCCGUGAGCAGCAGCGCUCUGGCCCUCAUCUUCCCUCCUCUGCUUCAGAUCAUCACCUUCCAUAAUGAAGACAUGAAGCUCUGGGUGAUGGUCAAGGACAUCGGCAUCAGUCUCAUUGGCUUUGUGGGCUUUGUGGCGGGGACGUACAUCUCUAUCCAGGAGAUUGUGGCUCGGAACAGCAGCAGACACAACGGCACACACCUGCAUCUGCAGUGAAUGCUGACAUAGCGACAGAUUAAAUGUAGGCCGUACAGACCCACUGAAUCAUUUAGUCACUACAUGCUCCUUUGAUUUCUUCUGAAUUCCGCUUGGGAUUCCUCUUACAGAACUUACAGAUUUUUUUUAUGUGUUUUUGUCCUUUGGUUUUUGCCACACUGAAGUCUCUUCAUAUCGAGUUCCCAAGUUACAUUGGUUUCAAAGACCUCGUUUUUACAAACUCUUUUGGGCCAAAGCCUUUUAUCCAAAUGUUAUGGUGAAUAUUAAUAGAAUAAUAUCUAUAUUGCUCAUUUGAAUGUUUUGCUUACAGUCUUUCAAAGAGAUUCUCAGUGAGUAUUUUUUCACAUUCAUUUAGACUUGACAGGUUCAUGUGUUGAUUACUCAUUUUGAUUGUUUCUACAUGGAAAGAAGUGAUGUGAACAGUAAUUUCUGCUUGUAACUGUGUAUUUGUAUUCUUAGGGCUCUUGUUUUCAAUACCAAAAGCGAGUUAUUUACUUCUGCAUAUUACACACAGACUCAACCUAGACUUGAUUGUAAAUAUGUGGAAAAUCCACUCGAGGUACAGAAUGUUUUAUGUUUGCACAAUUACACAAAACCCAGUACCUCUCAGUCUCAACCAAUCAAAACAUGCGUCAGUUCAGUGGUCUCGAAACAAUUUUAUCUGCACAGUGUCUGCUGUUUCGGUCUUUUUUUAUUGAUUUACAUAUUUAAGUAAUGUUUUAUUGGUUUAUUUUUUAUUUGUGCCGCCUCGCGCAUCAAACAGUAUUUUAUAUUCAGCAGGUGCCAUCAGUGAGUCAUCUUGCUUAGAAAUCUCUUGAUAUAACUUGAUUUUUCUAAAAA